GAAAAGUUUCAAUUUGAAGAUUUUCUUGUAGUUAAAACCCUAAUUUCGAUCUAUAGUAGGGUUGCGUCGUUCAAUUCGGAAUUCACUGGGAGGUUGAGUACUGCUGGAAUUGGCGAGGUCUUUUCUGCCGUGAGAAUUCAAUUGAUGAGUGAUUGAGAAUGUCGACGGUGUAUGUGUUGGAACCGCCGACGAAAGGGAAAGUGAUAUUGACGACGACGUACGGGCCGUUGGAUAUCGAGCUUUGGCCGAAGGAGGCGCCCAAGGCUGUUCGGAACUUUGUGCAGCUGUGCCUUGAGGGCUACUACGAUGACACGGUUUUCCACCGUGUUAUAAAAUCCUUUCUCGUUCAAGGCGGGGAUCCUACUGGCACCGGAGAAGGCGGUGAGAGUAUAUAUGGUGGUGUUUUCCCUGAUGAAUUUCAUUCUCGCCUCAGAUUUAAGCACAGGGGUUUGGUUGCAUGUGCUGGUGCUUCUGGCCCUAAUUCGAAUGGCAGCCAGUUCUUUAUUACCCUCGAUCGAUGUGAUUGGCUGGAUAAGAAGCAUACUAUAUUUGGAAAAGUAACUGGAGAUUCAAUAUACAAUCUAUUACAUUUGGGUGAAGUAGAGACCGAUCAAAAUGACAGGCCUGUGGACCCACUUCCGAAAAUUGUUUCAGUUGAGGUGUUAUGGAAUCCAUUUGAUGACAUCGUGCCAAGGAAAAUCCGUGUGCAAGCUUUGCCAUCAUCAGAAAAGAAAGAAACAAAGCAGAAGGUCACCAAAAAGUUGAACUUACUAUCAUUUGGGGAAGAAGCUGAGGAAGAGGAGAUUGAACUUGCAGCUGUUAAUGCUAAGAUAAAAAGCAGUCAUGAUGUUUUAAAUGAUCCUCGCCUCCUGAAGGAGAACACUGAAAAUGAUUUGAAUUCUGAGGAAAAGCAAAAACCAAAUGAUUCACAUUUGAUUGUAAGAGAAGCUCUAAGUUCAAAGAAAGAGCAAAGAAAGGAAUUGGCAUCUGAGGAUGCUGAAGCUUUUGAUGAUAGCGACGAAGAUGAGGCUGGGUUUGAUGCUCGAAUGCGCCAACAAAUACUAAGAAGAAGGAAGGAUCUUGGAGACUUGCCUGCUAAGAAAGAGUCAAGCAAGGGUUCAGGAUCAAGGAAUCCCGCAGCUUCUCCACCCAGAUCUAAAGUUGCCAGCGAUGACGAAAAGCCAAAAGUAGACAAAUUAUUUCUGAAGAAAAAGGGUAUAGGCUCCGAAGCCCGAGCUGAACGCAUGGCUAAUGCAGACUCCGAUUUACAGUUGCUAAAUGAAGCAGAACGAGAACGACAGCUGCGGAAACAAAAGAAACAUAGGCGCCAGGGGCAUGAAGACGAGAUCCUCGCAAAACUCGAGAGGUUCAAAUCAACUUUCUCCACAAAGUCUGGCGCAACUAGCAGUGAAAGUGCCAAGAACGAUGCUGAUUCAUCAGAUUGGAUGACGGUUCAGCUAAAGUUUGCUCCCGAGCCUGGCAAGAAUAAUAUGUCCCGGAGUGAGGACCCAAAUGAUUACGUCGUCCACGAUCCCCUCCUGGAGAAAGGGAAAGAUAAAUUCAAUAAAAUGCAGGCGAAGGAAAAGCGAAGGCAGCGAGAAUGGGCCGGGAAGUCGCUUACUUAAAGAAAUGAAGAGUUUGGUAAUGAAAGACACAGUCACUUUUGACGGGCUGACUCUACACUGCGACAGCUGCAGCAGCAAAAGUCUGUAUCGAAGAUGGAACUACUCUUCCCGGAUUGCAGGUACGUCGACAAAGAAUGGUUAUUUCGACUAAUCUUGGUGAGAUCUAUUAUAGUGUCUCCUUCUUUGCUGUGUCAUUUGUCGAUACAUAUUGUGCGAUCGAGGUUAUCCGAGGGAGCAAUGUAAGUUUAAAUUGUGUACAAGAUGGAUGCCAUUUGAUUGCUCUUGUGAUGGAUUUCGUUGUUGUGUAAAGCACUUGUGUUGAUGUUCUUGCAGCGGGUAAGAUAAGAAUAUGUUCUUUGGCAAUUUAAUUUUAUUUCGAACUUUUUU